CAGUAUUCCUCCGCCAUGCCCCUAUUCAGCUGGAUGAAAUGGUUGCGUGCUGAAGGAGAACAGGCUCAAGAUGAGGGGACGUCUGCUACGUCCACAGGGGUAUUACCCAGCUGCACAUUGAUCAGGGAGCUGCUGUGGCACGUGGAGGAGAGGGAGCGCCUGGCACGGGAGGUGGAGCGGGAACACAGGUUGGCCCACAACACCGUGGGAUACCCCCACUGGCUUCAGAGCUACCCAAGGUUACGUACGCUGAUCCCCGCAUCGGAGCGUCACCAGUUGGAGCGUUUGUGUGCCCAGAUCCAACCCAUACACACCGCCACGGUGCUCUCCAGGUUCCGAGAGGUGCUGGCCAGCAACAACAUCCUGCCCUGGGAGCUGGUGUACGUCUUCAAGCAGGUGCUGAGAGACUUCCUCAACAAAGAGGAAGGGGAAGAAGAGGAGGAGCAUCUGCCGCAGCCAGCACUGCUUGGGCCAAUGGAGGAAUGGACCAACCGAUACCAAAUGAAGCAGAGCUUUGUCACACCCACCGUGCCGGACUGUGGUGAGCCCCUGAGAGAGGAGAUCCCAACCAUCUCUGGAUAUGUGGACCGUACCAUGAGAGGCUCUAGUCCUUUCACUGCCCAUAGGGACUGGGACCUUCCCUACUACUACCAUCACCCAGUGCCACACAACUCCCCAGAGGCCUACAGCACCAUGCUGUGAGAGGAGACAGGGUGGUAAAGUAGUCCCCAACUCAUGACUAUGCUUACCUUCUAUCCUUGUUAUGUCAUGCCUGAAAGAGUUGUAAAUCCAUCCCCUCCCCCCUAAAAUGUUAGAUUUAUUCAUUUGAAUGUAUGAACUGCAACACAAUCUUGCACAGGACAAACACUUGGGGACAGAUUCAGACAUGCAACAAUGUAUACUGCUAUCUACCUGAACUAGGGGUGCAUCUCAAUACUAGCUACUACAAUAGGCUAGUCUACCAGCGAGCCUACUUCAUUUACACUGACAAGUCAACCCGUGCUUAGACAUUUUGGCACCUGGCUACAGAGUACCAUGAGUCAUAAUACCCAUAAAACAUACCGGUCAAACAAGGAAAUGUUCCUAUUGUUUUUCCACCAUUCAUUUUUCCCACAGGGGAUUUUAGAAACACUUCAAAUAAGGGCUGUGUUUUGUGAAGGCUUAUUCUGGCAUAACAAUAAUCCAUCCACCUGACAGUUGUGGUGGCAUAUCAAGAAACUGAUUAAACAGCAUGAUCAUUACACAGGUGCCCCCUUGUGUUGGGGACAAUAAAACAUCACUUUAAAACGUGCAGUCUUGUCACAACACCACAGAUAUCUGAAGUUUAGAGGGGGCGUGCAAAUUGGCAUGCUGACUGCAAGAUGUCCACCAGAGCUGUUGACAGUUAAUUUAAUGUUAAUUUCUC